AGGCUCGGCUAGUCAUGUCUGGAGUCGGCCGCCAGACCAGUGCAGUCGAUCAAGAAAAAUGGGAUUGACAGUCUGCAGAGUGACGGAAGUUGCAGCCUGUACAUCCAUCUGACAAGUUAUGGGUAUGUCACGGCUGAAACAGACUGAAUCUUGGUUGUUUUUCUCUGUAGGAGGUAGGAGAUCUUGGUCCGACACUUGCACUCCCCGGGCAGGGAAAUUAUGAGAGCAACUGACCAUAAAUGUGAAGUUCAGAUAACCAUUGCCAGCUGUGCGUUGGUUAGCAAACGAGGCUAACGGCGGCUAAAGUGUCUUUUUAAACCUAAUUUGGCAGCAGAAUGGUAGACAAUGCCUCACAUAUAAUUGCAUUAGCGUGCUAUACUCUGGGACAGCCAAAAUAUAUGUAUUUUUUGCUUGUUCGUGGGCUGAUAAUAUCGGCAUCGCCACUGUUUGGUGUUGUUACACAACAGUCCAUUAUGUCAGUGUGAGUGUGUGUGUUUGUUUGUGUGAGAGAGAGGCUUUGUUUAGCUAUCAUCUAAUGCGUGUGUCUCUCUGGCCUGUUUCAUAUCCAGACUCACUGGUGAGAAAGGUUUGGAGAAACUGGCCUUUAUGUUAACGCAGACCUCCCCCCGCUGCCAUGUCCUCCGUCUCUGUGUCAACAUCAACUUGUGGUGGUGAUGCUGCUGCUGUCAUGGCAACCCAAGCUUUGGAGCAGGCCCUGCUGGCCUCAGACCGCUAUGCCAGGAUCAUCCUGGCCCAGAUGAACAAGAUGCGGCAGCGCUCUGAUUUCUGUGAUGUUGGGCUGAAGGUUGGCAGCAGGGUCUUCAAAGUCCACCGCCUGGUGCUUGCUGCUAGCAGCCCCUACUUUUCCGCCCUGUUUUCAGGGGGGAUGAGGGAAGUGGAUAAAGAGGAAGUGCAGAUCCUUGGAGUGGAAACUGAAGUCUUUGAGGUUCUGCUGGACUUCAUAUACACAGGUCUGCAUUGAUCCUCACUGGAGUGUCUCAUAAAAUGUUUAAAAUUUUGCAUGAAAUGGAAAGCAACACAUUUGCUGAAGUUACUGGGCAGCUUUUUUGUGUAAAUGCACUUUUUAAAGAAGUCUUCAGACUCUGUACUUAAACUAUGAUACUUUCUGUAUGGAGGUUUGUACUUUUCAUUUAUUACUGAGUAGAAAAAAUCUUAAAAGCAAAAAGGUCACAAGCUUUCCAUCAACUGCUGCAGGCUCACUGGAUGAUUUGAGCUACCUCACAGUCUCAAUCAAUCAAUCAAUCAAAUUUUAUUUAUUUAGCGCCAAUUCACAACAGGCUGAUAAAUUAACAUGUAGUGGAGGCCAUUAGUGCUGAUCUCAAAACAAGACAGACUUUAUUAAUAAAGUUAAAAAUACAUUCACAGUUUCAGCCUUACCGCAUUGUGUACCCUUCAUUUGUUUGACAUUACCAAGACCUCGGUCCAGCCGUGGUGUGGUGUGGUUGCUAACAGCCACAACCUGGUUUUGAUUGUUAUGAGCAGUCUUGUUUGCUGGACUUGUUACAUCCAGCUGGUGCAGAUGGACUGUCUACAAAGUGCAAUACCAAAAGAAGAUGCAAUAAAGACUAAUUUUACCCAGAAUAGUGAAACACAGAAACUGUCUGCUAGCGGUUGUACUCUGUCUAUUGGCUCAGGAAAAUGUGCUUUUUAGGGGAUCAUAUCUUACUUUUCACACCAUCCUUACUCCCUAACUACAGGUUUAAAGUUAGUACUCAGUAAUCGAAGUAAAUUAUUAAUGAAAUAAUUUUUAUUUUUACUUGAAUAUAUUCACAGACUGAUCACUUAAAUACUAUUCAAGUGAAAUGCAUUAAAGUUACUGUCUCUUAAUUUGAGUAGAAUAUUUUAAUGGUCUUUCUGCUACCUUCAUUUUGUAUGAAUAUUUGAGUGGAACUAUGUAUGCUCAUUUCAGGUGUGAUCAGUGUGACAGUGGAGAACGUUCAGGAGCUGAUGGUGGCUGCAGACAUGCUGCAGCUCAAUGAGGUGGUGUCAAUCUGUGGAGAGUUUCUUAAGGGACACAUGGACCCGUCCAACUGUGUAGGUAUAUUCCAGUUCCUGGAGCAGAUUGCCUGCAUGGACAUGCUGGAGUUCACCGAGAACUACAUCCACGUUCACUUUCUGGAGGUAUGAAACAAGGAAAAGCGCUGCAUGUAACAUUCACAGGAGCUAUACUCUGUUGUGUGUCCUCUGAUAGGUUAUUCUUCUCUUACUUAAAUUAACUCUGCCAAAAAAACAUCAGGGUUCUAUCUGAUGUUUCUAAUUUUUACCAUUCAUUUGAUUAAAAGGCUUUUAUCAACAUUGUAGUGUAUGAUGUAUUUCCUUUGUUGACUGUCUUCCUGUAGGUGUGCGUCACAGAUGAGUUUAAAAGCCUGACAAAAGAUCAGAUAGUGAGGCUGCUGCGGAGUGAAGAGCUGCGAAUUGAAGAUGAGUACCAGGUUUUUACUGCUGCCAUGGACUGGGUUCUCCAAGAUGUGGCAAAGAGGAAAAAACACGUAGUGGAGGUGUUAGAACCAGUCCGCUUUCCUCUGCUGUCCCCACAGAGACUCUUUAAGUACAUAGAAGGUAAUGAAAACUCAAGGCUGUCUCUUGUCUUUGACAUUUAAUAAACUGUAUUAACAAUAAUCUUUAGACAGUAUUGAGAUUUCAACCACACCCCUAACUGUUUUUGUAUUUUGUUGUUCGAUGAAGGUGUUACAGACUUCAGCCUGCGGGUGGCACUGCAGACUCUUCUGAAGGAAUACACUGAAGUUGCAAAGUCUCCCAAAGAAAACAAGAUCUACAGUCAGUUACAACCAUCCAAGAUGAGGCCCAGAAGAAAAGCAAGGAAAUACCUCUAUGCCAUCGGUGGUUUUUCAAAUCCCAUUGUGUCAAAAUGUCAGCAUUGUUUUCCAGAUGAGAAAUGUUGAGAUUUAUAUAUUUAAUCUUUGUUAUUCUUUGGCAGGAGGCUUCACUCGACUGCAGGGCGGCCGCUGGAGCGACAGCCGGGAGUUGAGCUGCGUAGAGCGCUUUGAUACCUUCAACCAGUACUGGACUACUGUGUCCUCACUGCACCAGGCCCGCAGCGGGCUGGGAGUGGCAGUAUUGGAAGGCAUGAUCUAUGUGGUGGGAGGUGAGAGACUGUAGCUUGUUCUGUGUUUGUGUUAUAAAUAAAAAAGCUCAAUAAGCUACUGACAAUUUUUAUUAUUUCUGCACCAGGGGAGAAAGACUCAAUGAUUUUUGACUGCACAGAGAGAUACGACCCAGUGACCAAGCAGUGGGCUGCUGUGGCAUGUCUGAACUUUCCACGCUGUGGAGUUGGCGUCUGCCCCUGCCAUGGAGCUUUGUAUGCACUCGGUAAAUGGGAAAAUCAGACCAGCACCGUGUUAAGCCAAAAUAUACAUUCAUAACCUAAUAUACAGAAAGACAAAGAAUCUCCAUCUACAAAUGAUUCUCCAACAGGAGCUGAUAUAUCAUUAUUUAUACAGAGCCAGAGUCUGUACAGCAGAGGUCAGCUGAUGGUGUCAGAGUAUUCAAGUCCUUUUUUUUUUUCUUCGCAAAACCAUAACUUCCUAUAACCCACUUCCCAUAGCUCACAGAUAAUGGUCCUCAGCCUUCAGUGCACAGAUUCUUGUGUUGAUUUGGAGCAGAUACUUGGGUACAGAGAUUCAAUAGCUCUUGUGUCAGCAGAUCAGAUUUUGACCAGUGUCCUAUCUGUGAACACUGAAGAGGCGGGCUUUCCAAAUCAUAUUCCAAACUGUCAGUAUUCUCCGGCUUCGCUUGAUAUCAUCUUCUUGAAUGCAGCUCCUGACUCUUCUUUUUUUCAAUCCUUUUCCUGAGAGCUUCCUAUCUUUUUUCAGGGAUUGGACCAAACGUUAUAAAUUUAUCUCAGAGAAAAGGAUUUGAAUUUAUGUUCAAACUAACAAGAAGUUAAAAUUGGAAAUUAUGAUGAAAACUAUCAAUUCUAUUCCAUCAGUAUUUCAGUGCCAGCAUCUCAUGAAACAGGAGUAGACUUGAUUCUGCCUUUGUACUUUCCCGGGUCAGGUGGUUGGAUCGGCUCAGAGAUCGGAAAGACGAUGGAACGAUACGAUCCAGAGGAGAACAAAUGGGAGGUGAUAGGCAGUAUGGCGGUGCCUCGGUACUACUUUGGCUGCUGUGAGCUUCAAGGUUUGUUCCUCCACCUUUAUGCCAAAAUAACUAGUGUAAUCCAGCGCAGCUUUAUGUGAAGCAAAGUUCCCCCUGGAAUAACCCUGAUGUCUCUUCCAAGGGUUUAUUUAUGUGAUCGGAGGAAUCAGUGAUGAAGGAAUGGAGCUGAGGUCAGCUGAGGUGUAUGACCCCAUCUCCCACCGGUGGAGUGCCCUGCCCGUCAUGGUCACUCGGAGAGCAUAUGUGGGUGUGGCAUGCCUCAAUAACUGCAUUUAUGCUGUGGGCGGCUGGAAUGAAGCGCUAGGGGCACUGGAGACAGUAGAGAAGUACUGUCCAGAGGAGGUAAAGAAAGAGAUAAGGAGAAAUGUUACUUUCGGUGAAGUAACUGAAGUCUCUUGAGUCAUCUUUCUGUAACAUUCCCUUCCACUCUGUUUGUUUUUUUAACAGGAGAAAUGGGUGGAGGUGGCUGCGAUGUCUACCGCUCGUGCGGGUGUUUCAGUGUCUGCAGUUAAUGGGCUUCUGUAUGCUGUUGGAGGGAGAGCCGCCAGCAGAGACUUCUCUGCCCCAGUGACGGUGGACUCUGUGGAGAUCUAUGACCCUCACCUGGACACCUGGACUGAAGUUGGCAAUAUGAUCACCAGCCGCUGUGACGGGGGGCUGGCUGUGCUCUGAAAUAUUUACUCCUGAAUGUCCAUAUCAUCUCCUGAAUCACCCCGAAACAAUGGAAACUGAGAAAACAGCACCUUAAGAGACUCGUAUAUGUGUGUUUCCAGCUCAAGAUAUCUUUGACAUUAUCAUAAGUGAUAUUUAUACUUGAAUUCGACAUGCUUUCCUUUUUUAAAUACUCGUAACAUUCAACAUUUAGAGAACAUAAACUGGAAAACACCCAAACUGCUUCCUCUCACACUGCUUCAGGACUUGUGUACAUCUCUACUUUAGAUUUACCACUACAACAGCAGUAACACACAUAUUUUCCCUUUUGUGUGUAUUUGAUAACAAAGCAGUCCUUGAGAUGAAGACAUUUUUCACAGCUGGAUGUACCACAGAGCUUUUCUUGAAACCCCUGUCGGGACUGUGAACUCUGUUUUUGGAUAAGAUGUGGGAGAGAGAGAAAACUCAUUUCUAGGUUUUCUUGUUACCUUCUUGAAGAAACAUUUGAAGCAAGUGCAUCUCUACUUAGAAUAUUUAUCGAACCUCUUGAGCCUGAACAGUACAGGAAACAAAAGUUCCAUAAUUCCUGUAAACAAGGACCUACUUGAAGAGCACACCACCGUCACAAACACAUACAUGUCACUGGAUUAUUUUUGUAUAUGUAUGACAGUGUAAAAAAAACAAUGGUGCCUCUCUUUCACUAUUUACUCCUGAAUGCCUGCAAGUGAAACCUGUCAUUUUAUUUAACAUAUCAAUGACUCUGAAUACAACCAGAAUUCACAUUCCACAUCAUUUCAACUAUUCAGACAAUAUUGUUAUAAUAAGACACCACUUGUGUUAAGAAACAUGUUCACCUUAAUGGUACAUUUUAUUUCUUAGUAGAGCAGCAAACAGCAUUACCUCUUGUAUACUGUUACACAUUUUCACAGCAGGUAAUUUAUCUUACACAGAAAUGAAAAAUAGCUUUUAUUGCUUCUUUCAGAGUUAAACUUCAUUAGAGCUCCAGUAUGUGCAUGUUGGGCUAAUCUUCAUCAAAGCUUGGUUAGAUUUUUUACUUCAAGUUUUCCUGUUCAAACUGUGAUGAGUAACGUUUUUAAGAUCUGUAAGACAGAUAAGUGUGGUAUGAUUGCAGUUCUGUUUGGAUGAAAUCAAAGAUCUUCAUGCUUGAUUUGUACAAAGUAGAUGCAAAGUUGGUAAGAAUACAUUUUCUGUACAAAUGAGAGAAGUAAGUGUUUCCUCUGUGAGUUUACACUGAUUUUUUUUUUUUGAGUCUGGUGUUUAAAUAAAGGAGGAAACUUGUCAAUAAACAACCUCCAAUGUUGGUAUCAAAGACAGAUUUUGACUCUUUGCCAGUUGACCCCUUUAUUUAAUUGUAAAUGGCGUUAAGACAAAUAUCAAACAUACAAACAUUUUUAAUAGUCAUUAAUAGUUUACAUUUGAUUCCGGCAAUCACUUUCAUAGACGUUGACACAGUUGUAUGUUUUUGUAGUGUUUCCUCUCUUAAAAGCAGUUUCUUAAAUUUUGAAUGUCAAAUGUCCCACUCUGGCUUGAUACAAACUUCUUGCCCUUCAAUAGAUCUGAAUCUCCUACAUUAAGUUUCAUAAUCUGAUAAAUAGUUAGAACUGUAGGUAAGCUGGUGUAGCACCUGGACUGUUCUGCUAAGGAAUCUCGCUGUUGAAAUGCAUGUAUCAUGUAGUUUGGCAUCUUUUUGCUGUACUAUGAUAGGUCAUGUUUGAAAAAAGCAUUUCCUAGAUGGCAGCAUAUCUUGCUUUCUGUAAAUAUAAUUCAGCAUUCACCAGAUGUGUGAGCUAACCAUGAUGUAGGCUCUUAUUCAUUCCCUUACAUUCAACUCUGCUAGCUUUUAAGCUGUUGACUGAAGUUACGUUUGAUUUUCCUCUUUCCUAAUGAAGCAGAGGUCAGGGGUCCAUGAUUUCCAAAAAGAGUGUGAAAUUCUGAUUUGUCAGUUUUCCACUUCGCUUGUCUGUCAUGAAUGGGCUCAGGUCCAGAGAAGUGGUCAGCAUUUAAGGAUCUUGUUUUUACAGAUAAAUGAUUUUGUAGAUGUAACAGCAAACUGUGUUCACAACAAAUAGUUUUAGGAGGGGGUUUCAAGCUCCAAAAACUACCACUUUCCACUACAGAAUCAUGUUUAAAGUGCAGUGCCACCCAUCUAAUAUUUCUUUUUGGCAUUGUCCCUUUUUGUAAAAAAAAUGUUAGAUUCUUUGAAUCUUUUAAGGAUGCUUGUAGAGUUGGUAAAAAAAAAAACUGAAUUCUUUUCAGUUUUAUGCUAAAGGACGGUUAGGUUCUGUCUCCAAGUGGUGUAGGAAGCAAAAUACCAAUGUCCAUAUCCUUCCUUUCAACAGCAUUUGAUCUCCUGUGGUUUUGACUCAAAUUUGUCUGGAAUUACAGAACUGUGACAAGGUCCCACUGUUCAUCCCCUAACUGCCUGUCUUGGUGAUUUGCAGAAAUUAGAAUAAAAGGAUCCUCAUCGAAGAAAA